AACGCGUGCUCAAGGCUGGCAUUUCGGACCAGCAGGACCGCUUCAUCCUUAAAUUUCCUCUUUCCGUUCGGAUUGCCCUGCAACAAUCCCAGGUGAUGCCACCCCAAAGGCUUCCUGGGUGCCCGAUUGUAAAAGAAAAGGGCUGAAAGCUGGUUGCUGUUGCUCCGCUGGAGUCAACCCCCAGCCCCCUCUUCCCUGUCCUUCAAACGCACCGCUUCCACUCUGUUCCCCUCGACCCACUGCACCCCACCCCCCCUGCAACAGUAGCUAUCUUCAUCCAAACCCCAGUGCCCUUGUCACAAGCAAUUACACACCCUGGCUGAGGGCCAAAUCCAAUGGCUACAGGCGGUCAUGCUCCUGAGACAGUUUUAAUCAACCUGCAUCAGGUGAGGGAGGAUGAAGACAAUGAGGAACAAUCAUUGGCUGAGCAAAAAGAAGAUGACGAAGAUUGGGAGAAAGCAUUUUCCGUCCAGUACUUUUCUGACAUCAUCAGUGAAUCCGCUUCUACCAACGGAGAAAGGAUGGGCCGAAACUACACAGAAAAAGAUUUUGAGUAUCAUAGGCACACAGUUCAUCACAUCCAUCACCCCCUCUCCACCCACUUGCCCGUACCCCAGCGAUUACGCAAGAAGGUGCGCGGCCCGGAACGCCGGCGCAAAAAGAAACGGAGGAAAAGAAAGACAUCCCUGCCACCCUCAGAUGUCACACCCACCAUCCACGAGGUAGAUGAGGAGGAGGCCGAGUUGGAAAUAGAUACGCAGGCGGCGCCCGCGGCCACCGAGAUAGCUGACAUUGAAGCACAGUUUAGUUUGGAGAGUCAAGAUCACUUGGAGGAAGCUAUUCCAAUCGCCACCGUCCACAUGGAAAAUGAAAAGCAGAAACGCACGCUAACUCUCAAGAGGGAUUUUCACGGGGGAGGGUAUGAUGUCAUUGAGCACCAUGAAGAGGAUGGAAAGGAGGAGGCGUCUUGCGACAGCGUCACCUCAGCACGGGUGUCUGCCGCUGCCACCACAACUCCGAGCUGGUUCUGCCGCAAACCCGCCCACCAUCGCGUGGCUGGCACCCAGCGCUGCAACUACGAUCUAAGGGAGCGGAUUUGCAUCGGCAGCAUGACCGCGGUUGAGACUGCUGUCUAUCAACAAGUGCCGACUGAUGAAGCCGAAGCCCAAAUGUUGGCCAGUGUUGACUUGGAUGACAUGAAAAGUCACAGAUUUGAAGACAACCCCGGGGUAAGACGUCACUUAGUGAAGAAGUCCUCCCGAUUCCAGAUUGGCCGUACAAGCAAUAGUUCCACUCCACUGUGCAGCAUAAAGAAGAAGAAACGAGCAUCGGACAAGAAGACUCACGAGUUGUUUGUGGAGCUGAAUGAGUUGAUUGUGGAGAAGGACCAUGAAAUGCGUUGGAAGGAGCGUGCCCGCUGGAUCAAGUUUGAGGAAGAUGUCGAGGAGGAAACUGACCGCUGGGGCAAACCUCACGUGGCUUCACUUUCGUUUCGCAGUUUACUGGAGCUUCGUCGCACGAUCACGCAUGGUGCCAUCCUUUUGGAUUUGGAGCAAAACUCCCUGCCUGGAAUCGCCCAUUUGGUGGUGGAGACGAUGAUCAUCUCUGAUCAGAUUAGACCUGAAGACAGAUCCUGCGUUCUCAGAGCUCUGUUGCUCAAACACAGCCAUCCAAGCGACAUGAAGCAUCGUUUUCAUCGCCACCACUCAUCGACCAGUCUUCAUGGCAGUUUUAAUCACAACCAUGUCCAGGACACCAACCUGCCCCUUGUUGCUGAAGAAAUGGAAGAACAACAGGAUGGCAAAGGACCCAUGUAUGACCCCAAACAGGAUGUUUUUGUCAGCCUGUUUAAAUCCCUCCACCCCGUAUCUCCGGAGAGCCAUCCAGCGGCGGCCAGAUCUUUGAAACUACUCGCCAAGAUACCAAGAGAUGCUGAAGCGGUUAUUGUUUUAGUUGGCUGCGUUGAAUUCCUGGAGCAGCCAGCAAUGGCCUUCGUACGUCUGAAUGAGGCUGUGCUUUUGGAGUCGGUGUUGGAGGUCCCAGUUCCUGUUCGCUUUCUUUUUGUCUUACUUGGUCCGAGUCAGUCAAAUGUGGACUACCAUGAGAUUGGACGUUCCUUCUCAACCCUCAUGUCUGAUAAGAACUUCCACGAGGUGGCUUACUUCGCCGACAACAGACAGGACCUUCUAAACGGUAUCAACGAAUUCCUGGACUACAGCAUUGUCAUUCCUCCAUCAGACGUGGAGGGGAAAGACCUCUUGAAGACAGUUGCUGACUUCCAGAAACAAAUGCUGCGUAAACGGAAGGAAAGGGAGCUAAAGAAGCACCACUCCUCAUCUGGUAUGGAGCAGAACAACAAAGAUAUAACUCAAGAAGAGGAGGAGGAUGGAGACCAAGAGAUUGACCCAUUGAAGCGUUCCGGGAUCCCUUUUGGAGGACUGAUCCAUGACAUCCGGCGCCGCUACCCGAACUAUGUCAGUGACUUGAAAGAUGCUGUGGACAUGCAGUGCGUCGCUGCUGUUAUCUUCAUUUACUUUGCUGCAUUGUCACCUACUAUUACCUUUGGGGGUUUGCUAGGGGAAAAAACAGAAGGCAUGAUGGGAGUAACUGAACUGAUUGUUUCCACUGCAACACUUGGAGUUAUAUUCUCACUACUGGCUGGUCAGCCUCUUCUCAUUAUAGGAUUCUCUGGACCUUUACUAGUGUUUGAGGAAGCAUUCUACAAGUUCUGUCAGGCCUACAAUUUUGAAUAUCUGACCGGUCGUGUGUGGAUCGGCUUCUGGCUCGUCUUCAUUGUCCUGGUGAUCGUGGCGGCGGAGGGCAGCUUUCUUGUUCGCUUCAUCUCACCCUUCACUCAAGAGAUAUUUGCUUUUCUGAUCUCCCUCAUCUUCAUCUACGAGACUUUCUCUAAGCUCCUAAAGGUGUUUCAAGAGCAUCCGUUAAUGUCAUGGUACCCUGGACUCCCAACCCCUCCGUCUGAGCAGCAGGAUGUCCAGAACCAACCCAACACUGCUUUGCUCUCUCUGGUCCUCAUGAUGGGCACUUUCUUUCUGGCUUUCUUCCUCAGAAAGUUCAGAAACAGUCGUUUUUUAGGUGGCAAGGCAAGAAGAAUCAUUGGGGACUUUGGCAUUCCCAUUUCAAUUUUAAUUUCUGUGUUUGUGGACUACUCAAUCACAGACACCUACACACAGAAACUCGACGUGCCAUCCGGCUUUUCAGUCACUUCUCCUACCAAGAGGGGUUGGUUCAUCAGUCCCUUUGGUGACAAGCAGCCCUUCCCCACUUGGAUGAUGGGAGCGUCCGUUGUACCCGCCCUUCUAGUAUUCAUCCUCAUUUUUAUGGAAACUCAAAUCACUUCCCUGAUUGUCAGUAAGAAGGAACGUCGUCUGGUGAAAGGUUCAGGGUUCCACCUGGAUUUGCUGCUCAUCGUCAUUCUCGGAGCAUUCUGCCCACUCUUUGGCCUGCCUUGGCUAACAGCAGCCACUGUGCGCUCGGUCACGCAUGUCAACGCCCUCACUGUCAUGAGCAAGGCCACGGCGCCUGGAGAGAAGCCCAUGAUUCAAGAAGUCAAAGAACAGAGACUGACAGGGCUUUUUGUCGCUGUGCUUGUUGGUAUGUCCAUCGUGAUGACUGAUGUUCUGCGCCUCAUCCCUCUUGCUGUGCUCUUUGGUAUUUUCUUGUACAUGGGGGUCACCUCUCUGACGGGGAUUCAGUUAUACGAACGCAUCACGCUCAUGGUCACGCCGGCGAAGCACCACCCUGACCACAUUUACGUCACCAAGGUGAAGACCUGGCGUAUGAACAUGUUCACCCUCAUUCAGCUGGGCUGCAUUGUGGCACUGUGGGUGGUGAAGUCCACCGCUGCUUCCCUGGCAUUCCCCUUCGUCCUCAUCAUGACGGUGCCGUUGCGCCGCGUCAUCCUCUCCAGGAUUUUUGAGGAACGUGAGCUCCAGGCGCUGGACUGCGAUGAGGACUCGCCCAACUUCGACGAAGACGGACGGGAUGAGUACAACGAGAUUCACAUGCUUGUAUAAAGUGGAACUAACCCAGGACUUUUCAUUCUUUGUGCUCUUGAAUGUCCACAGGACAAGAGUCUUAGGGCAAAAACAUUAGCACAUGUGUAACAUUGAUAGAUCAAUAAGAUAUCUAUAUAUUUUUUCUUUUAGAAAAAAACAAACAAACAAAAAACAGAUGUACUAUACGCAAAAUGUUCGGGCCUUGUGUAGGUGGUGUGUUUUUCACUUCCCUGAAAUUGUUUGUUCGUCCCUUUUGAUGAAGUCAAUGAACAUGCCGAUCCCUUUAAUUACUCUGCAGGCUUUGGGCAUACGUGCAAUGUUAAUGGUUACCUUUUAGGCAACAGGAAGAGGUUGGUGAAUGAAUGUGAGGGGGACAGUGUUGAUUUCCCAGUUAUGAAUGCUUAAUAGGCAUCCCAAUUGACCCCACAUACCAAAAGAUGGUGCAAGAAAGUAAGCCAAAUUAUAUUGCAUGCAUAAAUUUGCUACAUUUAGGUAACUGCUAUUUCUUUUAGAUAGCAUCAUAGCAAGUUGCAGUCAGAUGUUUAGAAAUAUUCCAGUAGAAAUUCCAAACAAAGAUGUUGUCUCUUGAUUAUACCAAGCUCCCAAAUAACCAGAAGUUUAAAAAAAAAAAAAACAACUACCGUAUUGGUCCGAAUAUAAGACGGCCCUGAUCAUAAGACGACCCACUCUUUUUAAAGACUCAAGUUUUAAAGGAGACUUUUUGAACACCAAAUUAAUUUUUAUACAGAAAAUAAUUACAGUACAUCUGAAACAAAUGAUUAUAACAAAAGGGUUGUUCCGAUCAUGUUUUUUUGCUCCCGAUCCGAUCCCGAUCGUUUUAGUUUGAGUAUCUGCCGAUCCCGAUAUUUCCCGAUCCGAUUGCUUUUUUUUUUUGCUCCCGAUUCAAUUCCAAUCCUUCCCGAUAAUUGUUCCCGAUCAUAUACAUUUUGGCAAUGCAUUAAAAAAAAAAUGAAUAAAACUCGGACGAAUAUAUACAUUCAACAUACAGUACAUAAGUACUGUAUUUGUUUAUUAUGAUAAUAAAUCCUCAAGAUGGCAUUUACAUUAUUAACAUUCUUUCUGUGAGAGGGAUCCAUGGAUAGAAAGACUUGUAAUUCUUAAAGGAUAAAUGUGACUAAAUAUUGCCAUCUAGUGUAUUUUUUGAGCUUUCAGUAAAUGAUACUGUAGCCAUUUAACUGUUCUGCCCAAAUGCAUGAUGGGAAGUGCAACCAUGACUGUGCGUAGUGGUACCAAUUAAUAUAUCUUCUCUGCAUUGGGAAAUAACAUAGGGUGUUAAGAAAAAGAUCAAUUACUACCUUUCUUCCCCAUGUUGCUUCCCAUGAUAUUUCUAAUUGUUGAAAGAGGGAUUGUAAGGCUUUAGCCAAUAAAAAAAGGCUCCAAAGACUGCCAAAAUCCACUCUACUCAUUUUACGCUGCCUUUUAGCUCUAUAUAUACAGUGGGGAGAACAAGUACUUGAUACACUGCCAAUGGGUUUUCCCAUUGGCAGUGUAUCAAAUACUUGUUCUCCCCACUGUAGGUAAAACGGCGCCAUUAUAGAUUGAUCGCGACAAUGUGUGAGUGGGUCGUGCAGUGCAUGCGUUAAUUGCGUUAAAUAUUUUAACGUGAUUAAUUUUUUAAAAAUUAAUUACCGCCGAUAACGCGAUAAAUUUGAUAGCCCUACUUUAAGUCAAAACUAAAGACUCUGAAUGAGUGAAAGACAUUUUGUCUGUAACGUUAAAUACAAUUAGAAAACGAUUUAAUUUAAAAAUAUAUAUGUAUAUUAAAAAAAGGCAUGUCCGAUAUUUUUUUGCCGAUUCCGAUACUUUGAAAACGACGUGAUCGGACCCGAUCGAUCGGCAUCAUCUUUAUAUAACAAUAUAUUUGAGAGAAAAAGCAUGUUAUUUUGCCUCAUUCAAAUCUUAACACCUGAACAUUUAAAUAUGUAAACUAAAGUGCAAUCACAUUCGUAAAUGAAUGGCUUCUGGUUUUUGAAAUGUAAAUAAACCAAUCUAUUAUGAUAAAACAACAAAAUUGCAAUAACUGCAUUAACCAUCAAAGUGAGGUCUAACUGUAACCGUAGUCUUGAAACAAAUCUGAAUAAGGAAAAACGUUGCAAUAAAAUAAUGCAAACUGGUUAACCCCUUUAACACCUAAGGCUAUUUUGGCUGAAUUUGCAUGCAUUUGAUGUUGCCUUUAUAUUUCAAAGAAAAAAGUGUUCAAAAUGGCCAAGUUGGGUCCCUUUUUUCAGGACACUUUGAAGUUCAUGUCCAAACUCUUGUUUUCUUCACUGACCAAUUAUAAUCAACAUUUUGAACCCAAAAAGACCAAAAAAAAAUCCCAAAAUCUUUUUUCAAAAUUUGUAACGUUGAUGUCCCAUUGACAACCAAACAUGCUCGACCAACCGUUUUGAAGCUUGAUAAUAUUUAUUCAACUUGUUAGGAUAAACAUUCAAUAGAAAAAAAUAAGAUUGAAUAGUUUUAUGUCUGACAAUUCAACACAAACAGCAGGUAUGGUCAUAGGCGUUUUUUGUUCUUUACACAAACUAUAGUCAAAACAAGUUAUAUACAGUGCAAAAUAGUGAGAAAAAAAAUUAUAAAUAUCAUCUAACACAAAAAGGGUUUGGAGGAUAUCGCUUUGUGAAGUUAGGUAUUGUACACAUCACCUUAUGAAAAAUAUAUACGUACAUGCAAUCAAGCUUCUCGAACACACAUCUAUAUAAAAAUUGAAAAGAUUUAAGUGAAGAAAAAAUAUAUAUAACAUUGAAAAAAAUUAUUUUCCAAAAUAUUGACAAGUAGUUCAGUUCAAUUCAAAAUUUUCAGGCAUGCAACCCAAUAAAGUUUUCUUUUUUUUUUUUUUUUUUUUUGAAAUAAUGCAUUAGCUUGUGCUAAAUUUAGUUUUACAUUCAUUCUGCACGUUUCAAAGUCGCUAGCUCAAUCCAACCGGCCGUUGCUUGCUUAGCACGCCUUCCCUUUCUUUAGUUGGCGCCUCGCUCGGAAAUUUAUUAAAAAUGUUCACAUUCGGUUCUUCCUUCUUGACAUCACUACGGCUCUUGGGAUAUGUAGUCUUUUAUGCUGCUUUUGGUUUUGAAAAAAGACAGGAAAUGAUGGAAAUAUGGAGAUAGAUACAUAGUCCAUGCAGUGUUUUAAUGCAUAUUUAUGAGUGCAAUAAAACCAUGAAACUCAAAUGACAUUAUCUCCCGUUUUACUUGGUCGAUUGACUUCAAAUAAAAACUGAUGUGGACAUCAACUUCCGCACUUUCAAAUGAGACCAACCAGCGGCACGUGGGUGACGUAAUUACAGCGUGACGAAGCUACAAAGACGGUAUGCGUUAACACGUCGCUGCCGACAUGUUCGGUGUUAAAGGGUUAAACUUGAGAGUAGCUGAGAUCUGUCAUGACAGAACAUAACUCCUCAAUUUCAGCAUUCGCUUCAAUGACAUCUGGCGCCAUCUAGCGUCGUGAAUGGGUAUAAUGUCUAGACCCCGUAUAUAAGAAAACUCCCACUUUUUCAGUCUUAUUUCAAUGCAAAAAAACUAUAAAACUCAAAUGACAUUAUCUCCCGUUUUACUUGGUCGAUUGACUUCAAAUAAAAACUGAUGUGGACAUCAACUUCCGCACCUUCAAAUGAGACCAACCAGCGGCACGUGGGUGACGUAAUUACAGCGUGACAAAGCUUCAAAGACGAUAUGCGUAAACGCGUCGCUGCCGACAGGUUCGGUGUUAAAGGGUUAAACUUGAGAGUAGCUGAGAUCUGUCAUGACAGAACAUUACUCCUCAAUUUCAGUAUUCACUUCAAUGAAAUCUGGCGCCAUCUAGCGUCGUGAAUGGGUAUAAUGUCUAGACCCCGUAUAUAAGAAAACUCCCACUUUUUAAGUCUUAUUUCAAUGCAAAAAAACUAUAAAACUCAAAUGACAUUAUCUCCCGUUUUACUUGGUCGAUUGACUUCAAAUAAAAACUGAUGUGGACAUCAACUUCCGCACCUUCAAAUGAGACCAACCAGCGGCACGUGGGUGACGUAAUUACAGCGUGACGAAGCUUCAAAGACGAUAUGCGUAAACGCGUCGCUGCCGACAGGUUCGGUGUUAAAGGGUUAAACUUGAGAGAAGCUGAGAUCUGUCAUGACAGAACAUUACUCCUCAAUUUCAGUAUUCACUUCAAUGAUAUCUGGCGCCAUCUAGCGUCGUGAAUGGGUAUAAUGUCUAGACCCAGAAUAUAAGACGACUCCCACUUUUUCAGUCUUAUUUCAAAGCAAAAAACACCGUCUUAUAUUCAGGCCAAUACGGUAUAUGCGUCCCUCUUGGUACAUGCUUGAAGAUCUUUGACUGGCAACUUGUCCCUGCCAACCAACCAAGCUCCCUGGCAAAGAUGUAAACACUCAAAGACAGUGUUGACUGUAUUGUAAGUACCCAAUACAAAGGCCCCUUGCAAAUGAAUAACCUCUAUUUUAUCCUUUGUUUUGCCAACCUAUUUGUCUCCUGACCAUUAAUGUUUCAACUUUAUCUGCAACUUAAGUGUUGGCGCAAAGUUAAAAGGACAUUGCGUAGUUUGGCGCACUUGAACGCCCCCCACCAAAUGUCUUUAUUCAUAUUUGUGCUUUCAUCUCCCAGUACACUUUUCACAUAUGUCAUGAAUAAUAUAACAAAACACUUCAGCUGAAAAAGCCGAGAAACUAAGCAAACACACGUGUAGCGAACACGCCAGGGAGCAGUUGAGUGUUGGCAGGGUGCAUGAAUGAUGUAUUGUAUAGUAUGGCUGUGAAUUAUAAUGUAGCAUCUGUGUUCGGUCGUUGGGUUUUCACCCCCUCGGCUUUUUGCGAGGUCGCUAUAGAAUUCAAAUUAGCUGGGUUGCUUUCAGGAACCAAACUUUUCUGCUGUACAUAGAAGCAACGCAGUCUUGCAUCCAGUUCUCAUUUAAUGGCUUUCGACUCUGAGAGACAUUCUGAACAAUGGCUACACGUGAAUGUCUGUUGUGGGUGGUGGUGUGCAAAGAAAGAAGUGAAGCAUUACUUUGUGUUCCAAAUUAUUAUGGCAUACAGUCAUGCAUAAAGCUGUAUUUUAGCCACGCAUUAUCUCAGAAAAACUUCACAAGGACUCAUUUUGAAACUUUUUGUGGGGUUUUAUUCAUGAAUAAUGGGCUAUGAGAUGGUAGGGUGUAAUAAAGUGUCAGAAUAAGAUAUGGAAUUACUAACAUACUGUUUACUGCCACGAUAUUUUAUUAGCAAUCCAGGUAAUCCAGGUAAAAGUGGAGAAAAAAAAAAAAAAAUCGGCACCACUCCCUGAAUUGGACCCUAUUAGGUAUAUGUGGAGAUGCUCUAAUGCUAAAGUUGUCAAAACUGAGUACCCCAUACCCAAAGCGUUUUCGAGCACAGGAGCGUUGAGAAAGUUUCACCAGUGUUUCCAAAGGAAACAUGUCAAGCAGGACAGUGACUUUUGACAGAUAUAUUUUUUUUAUGCUUCAUUUACAUGCUUUUACGACCCUUGACGGUGCAUACCAUGUUCAUACCAUACAUACACAUAUUCUGUUUUAGUGUGACUUGCCAAAUCUGGUCGGACUUCACUUCAAUGUUGUUAAUAACGCCGUUAGAGUAUAACAAUGUUGCAAACGGCGUUAUUUUUGCUAGUAGUGAAUAAUCUAAUUAAUUACUUGUCCCAUAUUUGCAACGCCGUUACCAUUACCGAGGAGGUGAAGGUGCGCGUUACUACAAUUUGGUUGAAUGACGCGGGAAACGCUGAGAGAGCAGAUCGGUAGGUGGGAGGAGGGAAGGGGGUUGUGACGCCGUUGCAAACACGAUGCUAGGUGGCUGGGAGCGUUAGCAUAGAAUUCGCGUUCUCGCUAGCAUUAGCAUUUAGCUUGGUGAGCGUCAUCUUAAACCAGGGGUGCCCAAGUCUGGUCCUCGAGAUCACCUAUCCAGCUUGUUUUCCAUGUCUCCCUCCUUUACCACACUUGAACCAAAUGAUAAGCUCAUCAGCAAGCUCUGCAGGGGCCUGAUAACGAUCCUGAUUAUUUGAUUCAGGUGUGUUGGAGGAGAGAGACAUGGAAAAUAGGCUGGAUAGGUGAUCUUGAGGACCGGACUUGGGCACCCCUGUCUUAAACUCUCGGGCAUUUUUUUUUUUUUUUCUACAUAAAGUUUGUGGCGUUCAGGUGGGUACAAUUAAUUGAAAAUACUGGACUGUUUUAUUGUUGAGUAUGCAUUAUCAUCACCAAGUGGGUGUUGUUCUUGUAGAUGCUACAAUAUAAUAAUAUUUUUUGUUUUUCAGUUGCUAAAAAUAGUCACUUGCCCUUAAUUUUUUUCUUUUGAAUGAUGUAUCCGUAAACCUUGUGGGAUUUUUAAAAAAAAAAUCAAAACAAAGAGAGCAAAUAUAGGAGAGAGAAGAGAUUCAGAGCCUCACCUGUAUAUUAGGGGUGGGAUAGUACGCACAAGUCAGUACGUACCUCGGUACGGGGGUCACGGUUCAUUGUGGGUACAGUACAAUAGGAAAAACAAAAAGGCUUUUUUCUCACAGCAUUUGAAUGUUAAAGUUUGUGUAUCAUUACACACUUAUAUAGGUGAAAUUUGGAAAACAUGUAAAAAGUGUAACCUAUGUUUUGUUUUUGUUUAGUUUUUUUUUAAUGAAAAAAAAUUUAAAUUCAAUUAUUUAAUAUAAACAUAUUUGAUGUGAAAGACGUUAUAGAAUGGAUCAUGUAAUAACGUACAGAAUAUGAAAAGUAAACAUCAGUUACUUUGCCGAGUAAUUAAUUACUGUUACAUUGAGGUAACUGAGUCACUAACUGAAUUACUUUUGGGGCGAAGUAAUUUGUAACCCUGCUUCUCUUCCACAAAAUAGACAUGACAAGCUUCACAAGAUUCACACCCCAAUGUUUCCCUGUGGUCAAAGUAAUGCAACACCAACAUCAACAUGGAUCUGAUAAUGGUUCACAUACAUGCAUAUACAUUAUGUAUAUCAUAUGUCGAAUGGCAGUCAAUGGUUGAAAUUUGUUACUCACUGUAAAUCCUCUUUAGGAAAAUUAACAAAACAGCAUAUGCCUAAUAAUAUGGAACACAUGUAUUUGAAUUUCUUUUUAAAUAUUCCAAGUCUUUUGUAAAGUCCUUUGAGGAUAUUGUGAUCGCUGGUAAGCACAGAUCAGAUGGCAAUUGCACUUAUGUAAUCCACUGGUCCACUUUUUUGACAGAGUAAUGCAUGCAUUUGUAAGAGCCGAAAUGAGGCUAACGAUAAAACUAAUUUCUUGGGUUAACCAGGUUAUUUUAUAGUUGCAGGAAUACAAUCAAACAAACAGACACCCCCCCCCCCCCUUCUUCCCGCCCCCUUAAGUGCUUCAACGUGAUGAGUAGUUAUUUGCAGAUCGUAUUUUUAUGAAUCAGCAGUGUAUUUGCUCGCCUGAUGAAUCGGUAUCGGCGUUUACACAACCAUGCCCUAAAUUAUGAGCCAUACAAGAAUUCUCUCAGGAUAAACUGACCUUUGAACUGUAAAUUCCCAGCCUUUCGUUAUAGCUGAGUUAUGUUUGUACAUAAGAUUUGCAGUGAGAGGAAAAUAUAUGGCUUAUUGCCCAGCUUUUUGUGUUAAACAAUGUUUUGACAAGGGUCAGGUGAAGAUGAAUUACUGUAUAUGAUUUUCAAACGAACUAUAUAUUUACAAUUGUUUUUCUUUUAUCUUUCUCAGUCCAAAAUGUGAACCAUUUACCUGGCUAUUAGGUUUUGGAGCUUCAUGCUAAGAUUUUUUUUAAAGGGAACCUCGGACUUAAAGACUUGUAGGCUCUAACAAGCCACAAUUCUGCUCUUUUACUAUAAAAUGUCAUUAGAAACACAUAAAAUAUUCCCAUUGAGUUAAAAAUCUAUUAUAUUUAGUACAUGGUUUGACCUAUGGAGGGCGCCAUGUUUUAUGGACGCUCGGGGUGAUGACGUAGUUUGUCACUGUCACUAGACGAACACUACCGGUGUUCUGCAAUUCCUUCUACGCGACGAGACGUCCAACACAUGCACACGUCUGUUAAAAGCAGCGAGUACUUACUAUUUAUGUUUUUAUUGAGUCUUAUUAGCUUUCAUUGCCUCAAAAUACUUUUUGCAUGCGUUUCUCUUUCAUACUAUUAAGCAUUGUGUUUUCUUGUGGUAGCUUUAAAGCAGAUUGUUGAUCUUUUGACCACAUAAGUCAUGUAGCGUAUGUAAACCAACCUUACUUGACAUUACUAUGUUUAAGUAUUUUCUUAAGGUAUCUUUAAUAUGUUCUGUCUGUAAACAUCUAAACAAAACAAGCUUAAAGUGCACGUUAGUACUUCGGGGGUCAAAUUGGCCUCUUGUAGACGUUUCGUUGGUGUAGCACAUUUUGGCAGAACACUUUUUUAUUUAUUUAAUUUAUUUAUUUAUAUAUAUUUUUUAACCCGUCUUGUUCAGCUGUUUGACACGGAGAAUGGAAGUCUAAGUGCCCGGAUGGACUGAACAGUUUUAAUGUUUCACAUUGAGAGUCUGACAUACUCCCAUCGUGAUCAUUCAACAUACCUCGUUUAUUAUGACAAAGCAGCGAACAGGAAGGGGUUAUGGGGGAACAGAAGAAAAGAAACACAAGAGAAGAAAGAAAAGAAACACAAACUCCAACAAGAAAGACAUUGAACGUCUACACUAACUACUAAUAUGUUGGUGCUAUCGUUAGCUAGAUGUAUUUCCGGUUGAUACCACGUGGGGGGCCUGUUGACCAGGGAAAGAGGGGGAUGGGGUGGAGGAGUCUAUAAGCUAAGUGAUUGAAAGGGGUAGAGUGUACACAAAUCAGCUCUGUGAUCAAGAACCCAGUAAUCAUGUGAAUCCCUUGUGAGUGUAAGCCCUUUGGCGACCGACCCUACGCCGCCCAAUCACCAAUCCCGGCACCGGCACCCCUCCACUCGAGCGCGCGCCCUCACAUCCAGCUGCAUGCGACAGCCACACAGACGAGCGGAGAUGAACGGGCGCCCGGGGGGCGGGGGGUUAAUGCGCAGUCCAUCCCUCCUCCCGCAGCCCAGCAAGGGAGCCAUCGUCUUUCCCCCUCGGGAUCCGCACACCCAUCAACAGGCCUUCAGGGAUGGCAAGAGGGGACGCACCACCAACCCCACGCCCACCUCCACCCCCGUCCGCCAACCCGGCCCACUAGCCACAGCAGCAGCCCCCCAACCGGCACAGCACGCCACGGGACCCCCAGCGGCCCACCAAGCCGAGGGCAGAACAGGGUCCCCCGCCGGAGCAGGCAACACUCCGCCGAUACACCGGCGCCCAGCCAUAGGCAAAAAGUGUGGGACCCAGCUACCACCCUAUUAGUGUGGCUGCCAGGUUCCCGGCUGGCAGCCAUUACCGAGCACCGUGAUGGGAUUGUGAGCGGAGGGUAGUGCAAUGUAUGCAUUAAAAUAGGAGCGCUUGGCUUGGGGCAGUGGGACCGCAGCAUGGAAUUUCUACCCAGCCCCCUGUCCCACCGCCCUUUGCUGGAGCUCUCAAGUGGAGUAUGAUGUGUGUGGUGGGUUAAAAAAGGUGCAGGACACUGGUUUUGUCCUACUCUGGUCUCGUUUCAUCUCGUCUUUCCUGUUCAUUUUGCUUUUGCUGCUCUUUUUGUGAAAUAUCGACAGUGCUGUCUUGCUCAUUAACGUUCCUCUCGGGUUCUAACUGAAAGUGCUGAACAGAUGACAUAUUAAUGUCGCUAGAGUCACACUUUGGAAGCACGGCAGCGUAACCCAAUGACGUCACCAUGGCGACCUACUAAUUUUACAAACUGUAUAAAAAUGAAAACAUCGAGAGCUGUUUUAAAAUCAAAUUAUUUUAACUCAUAAUAACAUUUGUCUUUUAAGAACUACAAGUCUUUCUAUCCGUGGUUCCCUUUAAUUGGGCUUUGCUAUAAAGCUUUUGACUCCUUUCCUAAAACUGGAAUGGCACAAGACAUUCAUCAUUCCUGUUGUUACUGAAUGUAAAUGUUUGACUGCAAGCACAUGCUCGUCCACAGAAGAUUGCCAUUUAUGAAAGUUCACCAAAAACACAGACGCGGAGCAACCCCAAAUUGUACAUUUCUACAAAAAGGCCCGCAACGUGACUCUCAUAUUUGACAUGUUGACAUACUGUCUUGCUUGGCCAAUUUGUGUUGGGACAGGUUGUGCGCAUUCGCUUGAUGGCAGAUUGCCGGCCGCAAAAUGCGUGCCCGGAAUGGCUGGAAUCGGGUUUGAUGUGGAAACUGAGACCGAAACAAUCAUGACAGUUUCAGACUGCAAUACCAAACAAUGAACUAAAUGCCCUACUACUACUACUAUGACAACUACACUAAAUGUUCAACCAGUGUUUUGUCUACAUUUAAAGGAGACAUUGUUAGUGUUUUGUUGGUGUCUUAGCAAAAGCACUCUGAUAUUCUUUGGUCAAAAUAAAUGAGAUAAAAAACAAAAGCUCACUUGGUUCAAGAUAUUUUCAGCACCCAACUGGCAAAAGGUUUCAUACAUUUGAGUGAAAAGUGAAUAGUAGCCAAGUUUAGAUGCACGCAUGUAAAGCUCACAGCUCACCUGUUUUAACUAUUUGGACUGGUAUGGGAUACACAUAAAUUUGGGAGCAACACACCUAACAUUAGGCCAGUAUACAGGUGUUAUUUUUCGGAAACCAAUCGUAAAUUAGCUGUCACCAGGCGCCUGCCAUCUGUCUUCAGUGGAGCUUUGCGUUUUCUCUACCGGCUGACCAACAGCAGUAAAAGAGGCUCACGGUUGUGCGAGAGUUAAAAUCUCUUCAACACGUCCACGUGUGCUUUGUUAUGACAAGACCUGGUGUGUCUAGCCACAACCUGACUGUAAAGCACAUAUUGGCCGGUAUUUACACAAGAACUGACGUUGAAUUGUGGGUAUUAUUUAAGAUAAUAAAAUGUGCGGUGCCGCUAAUCUGUCCUGUCUGGUUGUUGGAUGUCGAAACACGCAGGUUGAAAAGGAAAAUAGUUGCGUUUUGUUUCUCUUAACCCUCAAAAAUUUCGGUCCUGUCAACAGUCUUUGUUCGGCACAUUUUGUCACCUCCAUUAGCGCGGACCACCCAGACUCGGGUCUUUUAUUUAAAAAUUCUUUAAUUCAACAUGCCGUCGGAGGUCGAGCAUAUACAUAGAUACAGUGAUGUAUGAGGUCCAACAAGCACACAGAUACAGUAGACAUUAACUUUUGUCUCAAAAUGUCUCAGUUCAGUCCAUAAGCAGAUUUUAAGGGGGGCUAGGCCCCGCCUGGUGUCCGAAAAGUGUCAUUGCAUGUAACUGACUUUCAUAUAUAUAUAUAUAUAUAUCAAUGUGUGUGUAUAUAUAUAUUUAUUUAUAUAUUAGGGCU